AUGAAGCCGCUCGAUUUUGCUCAGUUUCUUAAAUACGAAGGUGCUGACGAUGCUCUGAGCGUUGAGGCUUACAUCAGUAAUGUGCUGGAAGAGAAGUUUGGCCCAGCCUCUGGGAUCGGGUGGCAACUUCAAAUUAUUCGUUGCGGGUUCACUCGAGUUGUUGGUAUUGAUCUGCUCGGUAGUGUUGGGAUCAGUGAGGCAGACCUGGUAGAGAGCAUUUGUGGAAGUAGCAGUGGCCCGAGCGAUGAUUUUUUCAUCAAUGAGGUUUUCCGAGUGGUCGCUGACACCGACUUCACGGACUGCCAGCCGUUGAUGAAUGUAUUUUGGCAGACUGUGAACGGCUUUGAGCCCCAUUUAAAGCGGAAGCUUAUCAAGUUCGUGACCGGAGUGGAUACACUUCCCCUGGCAGGAACUGAAACAUGCGAUAACACGCUAGAACUACCUAAUUAUUGGAAAGCGCUCUGCUGGAGAGAGCAGCACGAUGAGCAUGAAGCAAAUAGCAAAUUGGAAGAAAAGCUGAAGCUUCUGUUAAGCAAGAAACUGUACGAUGCAGUCGAGUACUCGAGUGGAUACGGACUUGACGGCACGUCAGCAGUCGCAGACGUGCUCACUGGCAAAGCUGAAUAUGAAAAGUUGGCAAAGGAGGAGAGUUACGAUUCGCUGGACAUUCCUGCUUUGUCAGACGGAUACCUACUCGAUAAAGAUGCUCCCCUGUCGCCUCAGAGAUUAGAAAAUGACGAGGUCGAGACCGAUGCAGCCUUAGCUGCUGAUUCUGAGGCCAACCCGGCAGAAUCACCUGCCGUGGACGUGCCGCCUCGUCCAGAGGAAUCCUACGAAGACGACUACGACGACUGGGAAGAAGAGCCCGUGACUUCAGAUGUCAAGUUUUAGAGUAAGAAAGGAGGAGUCAUCUGGUUGAGAGCGGCAAAUGGUAUCGAUAUUUGCCGACGUAUCAAAGAUUUAUACAAACGUUACUUUAAAAAGCGUG